UCCGCACAGCAACACAACCGCCAUCUUUGGCCGACGGACUGGUGCGCCGAGGCAGAGUUGUGGGUCGAAACUGGGUCAGGCGUCUGAAAAAAGCCGAAGACUUUUUGGAAAUCUCCCGUCGGAAGCCUUCCGGGGUGUGUGUUGGUCAGUGAGCGCCAAGCCACGCCGUGCUGCCGUCGUGGGGUCCAAUGUGUUUGAUCGCUCGGCCAGCCCGUACGCAGUUUUAUUUUGUCGGUCCCGGUUGACGCGGACGGCGGUCCUCUGUAAAUAAACAACCAGCGGCGGAGCUGAAAGCCAGAAUGAAACGAGGUUUCCAAGAGAACGAGCAAGAGGAAGGAGGAGGCCCCAGCUGGGGGCGUCAGAAGACCAUCAAAUGGUCCGACGAGCAGGGAGAGGAGAGAGAACAGGAGGAGGAGGAGGAGGAGGGAGCCAGCUGGGAGUGUUUGCCGCAGGAGAUCCUGCUUCACAUUUUCCAGUUUCUCCCACUGCUGGACAGGGCUUAUGCUUCUCAGGUGUGCCGAGGCUGGAAUCAGGCCUUCCACAUGCCCGAGCUGUGGCGCUGCUUCGAGUUCGAGCUGAACCAGCCGGCCAGCUCCUACCUGAAGGCCACGCACCCGGAGCUCAUCAAGCAGAUCAUCAAGAAGCACUCCAACCACCUCCAGUACGUCAGCUUCAAGGUGGACAGCAGCAGAGAGUCGGCAGAGGCAGCGUGUGACAUCCUCUCUCAGCUGGUGAACUGCUCUCUGAAGACUCUGGGGCUCAUAUCCACGGCCAGGCCCAGCUUCAUGGAGAUGCCCAAGUCUCACUUCAUCUCCGCACUGACGGUGGUUUUUGUCAACUCCAAAUCCUUGUCCUCACUGAAGAUCGACGACACGCCCGUGGACGACCCCUCGCUCAAAGUCCUGGUGGCCAACAACAGCGACACGCUCAAGCUGCUGAAAAUGAGCAGCUGCCCUCACGUUUCCCCUGCAGGCAUCAUGUGCGUGGCCGACCAGUGCCACGGCCUGAGGGAGCUGGCCCUGAACUACCACCUGCUGAGCGACGAACUCCUCAUCGCGCUCUCCUCGGAGAAGCACGUCCACCUGGAGCACCUCCGCAUCGACGUGGUGAGCGAGAACCCGGGCCAGCAGUUCCACAGCAUCAAGAAGAGCAGCUGGGACGCCAUGGUGCGCCACUCCCCCAAAUUCAACCUGGUCAUGUACUUCUACCUCUACGAGGAGGAGUUCGACCCUUUCUUCCGCGACGAAAUCCCCGUCACGCACCUGUACUUCGGCCGCUCCGUCAGCAAGGACGUGCUGGGCCGCGUCGGCCUCACCUGCCCCCGCCUGGUGGAGCUGGUGGUGUGCGCCAACGGGCUGCGGCCCCUCGACGAGGAGCUGAUCCGCAUCGCGCAGGGCUGCACGCAGCUGUCCGCCAUCGGCCUCGGGGAGUGCGAGGUGUCCUGCAGCGCCUUCGUGGAGUUUGUGAAAAUGUGCGGCGACAGACUGAAGCAGCUGUCCAUCAUGGAGGAAGUGCUGGUCCCGGAUCAGCGCUACGAGCUGGACGACAUCCACUGGGAGGUGUCGAAGCAUCUGGGCCGUGUCUGGUUCCCUGACAUGAUGCCCACGUGGUAGAGAGCCGGGGGAUGGUGGAGUUCGUUCGGUUUUCCUGUACAGAUCCCUAAUUUUUUAACACAAUGGCGUUUCUCUGAGAUUUUUUUUGAUCGACUUUGUCUUUAAUUUGAUGUAGCAUUUAUCAAAAACACCAACUCGCAGAUGGACGUAUGUCUUUUAAUCACUUCUUCUCAUUUGGCGUUUUCCUCCGGAGAGCCUACAGGCAGGGGCGGUUCUAGACAGGGGCCAACAGGGGCCCAUGCCCCAGUAGAAAUGGUCCUGGCCCCUAUUAUGGCCCCUGUACUAAAGACAUAA